AUGAAGUCUGCUAUUGCUUCUCUCACCCUCGCGGCGGGCCUUGUCGCUGCCCAGCCUCACCAGCACCACGGCCACCAGCACCUUCACAAGCGCGAGGGCUCUCCUGUUCUGGCAGAGCGCGACUACCAGACCACCGUUGUCCCCGCGUACGCCACCGCCUACGUAGACCCCCAGGGCAAAGUCAUCAAGGAGGACGAGGCUGAGAAGGGUAUCGAGAACGGCCUGUACGUCGUCAUCGGCGAGACGACCCCAGUCUUCACUCCUCCCCCGCCUCCGCCGCCGAAGCCCACUACCUCGUCGACUCCCCAGGCCGUCUUCAUCGAGCAGGCCACGCCUUCCCCCUCGCCCUCGGCCCCUGCCGACGAUGGUUAUCCCACUGGAGGCACUGGCCUGACCGCCGACUUCCCUAACAAGAAGAUCAAGUGCUCGUCCUUCCCCAGCGACUACGGUGCGCUCCCGAUCAGCUGGAUGGGUCUCGGUGGCUGGUCUGGCAUCCAAAACGUCCCCAGCUACAAGCUUGGUGAUGCUGCCAUCAGCUUCAUCGAGACUGCUAUCAAGGGCAUGGGCUGCCGUAGCAACGCGUACUGCUCGUAUGCCUGCCCUGCUGGCUACGUCAAGACCCAGUGGCCCGCUAGCCAGGGCGCCACCGGCCAGUCGAUCGGCGGUCUUUACUGCAACGCUGAUGGCUACCUCGAGCUCAGCCGUCCCCAGGUCAAGACCCUCUGCAUGCCCGGUGUUGGUGGUGUGACCGUUGUCAACAAGCUCAAGAAGAACGUCGCUCUUUGCCGGACCGACUACCCCGGCACUGAGAACAUGGUCUGCCCUACCGACGUCCAACCUGGCGCCACCGUCACCCUCGCCAACGUUGACACAUCCGACUACUACAUCUGGCAGAACAAGAAGACCACUCUGCAGUACUACGCCAACAAGCAGGGUAUCCCUGUUGAGGACGCUUGCGUCUGGGAUUGUGCUCAGGACCACGACGGUUGCGGUAACUGGGCUCCCAUGAUUAUUGGUACUGGCCGCACCGCUGGCAUCACGUACCUUUCCAUCUUCCAGAACUUGCCCAUGAGCACAGCCAAGCCCGACUACAACGUCCGCAUGAGCGGUGAUGUGACAAUCAAGUGCGGCUUCAGCAACGGCGUCUACACUGGCUCGAGCGACACCAACGGCUGCACAACUGGAGUUGGCCCCGGCGGUGCCAUCAUUGAGUUCUACUAG